CAAUAGUAUACGGUGUCCCCAGUGGUAGUGCAAAAAAGCGUAAGCCACCAGAGCUUGAUACAACUUCAGUUGCCAACAAAAUAAUCAAGACUGAGGACCCAAUUUUGAUAGAAGAAGACAUGACAACAGCAACUGACCAGGCAUACAUGGGAGGAAAUAACAGUGCAAUGGCAGAACAAGGUGCUUGGGCUAGUAACUAUGGGAACCAUGAUAGCACUGUUGCUGACAUUUCAACUGUGGGCCCAUCUCAAAAAUCACCAUAUGGUUAUCCUGAGCCUGUAGAAGUAGAAGAUACAUACACAUGUGAAUUAUGUGUGACACAGUUCCCCACUAUACGGUGCGUUGAAUACCAUAAACAACUUGUCCACAACAAGUUUUGUGAUGUUUGUAACACUCGACUAGAUCAGGAAUCUGAUGCAGCUAUCUUGGAACAUGGAUUAACUCAUAAGCACACCAAAUCACACCAAUGUUCACACUGUUUCAAGUUGUUUAAUUCUGCAGCAGGAUUAAAAGUACACCUGGGCAAUGACCUGAGGUGCUUAAUGUGUGGACACCAGUUCUUGAGGAGUGGUAAAACUUCCCACAUGAGACAAUGUAAGAAGCAGCACCCAAUAUAAUAAAACCCAAAGACCCUUACUGGUAUUAGAACAUAAUAGUUGGAUUUACAACCCAAUAUGUACACUUGUAUGGUAACACAUGUUUGGGGCUCAUGGCGAUGUUUAAAUAUCUCACACAUAGAUUCUAAAGUGACAUUUGUACAUCAUGUGGAGUUGAAUACACAUAUUUAUAUAGGGAAAUACAAAUCCUAUACCUUCUGCUUAGUAACAUACACAAUUAUCCAAUUUUUGAGUAAUCUUGCUAUUAAACACCUAAUACAUUGAACUCAUAAUGACAUAUAGACAUACAAUAUAAGGGAUUUAUUCUAUAAAAGCAUAUCAACACCUAAUGCAAGAGGCUUCAUAGUGGCAUUGAAACACCUAAUGCAAGAGGCUUCAUAGUGG